CCGCCCCCCGGAAGGUCUCCCGCGGGUCGUCCGCCGCCGGCUGCCGCCAUGUACCGGCCGGGCUUCCGGCCCCCCACGCCUCCCUGCGCCGGCUUCCGCGGCCCCCACCCGGACAGAGGAGGCGGCGGCGGCGGCCCUCCCUUCGCGGGCUCCCCUCAGGGCUACGGGAGCCCCCGGCACACGCCCCCCUACGGGCACCGCGCGCGGCCCUACGACUUCGGGGGGCCCUCGCCGCGCAGGCCCCAUAGCGCCAGCCCCGCCGGCGGCCCCUACGCUCCCUACGGCGGGGGCGGCAGGUCCCCCGGAGGAGGAGCCUUUCAGCAGCAGCAGCAGCAGCCGCCUUUCAAGCAGCCGCACUCCGGGGGCUUCCGGAGAUUCAGCCAGGGAUCACCCAGGACAUCUACCCCAUUGGGAACACCACAUGGUAGAGAGAAAAGAGUGUCUAAUGAUGAUGUGGAAAACUAUUACAAACCUUCAAUGCUUGAAGACCCCUGGGCUGGCCUAGAGCCCGUAUCCGUUACGGAUGUUAACCAGCAGUACAGCAGUGAGCAAACCACAUACACUGGCAAAAAGGGGAGGUAUUUCAGUUAACAUUUAUGCAAGUGAAAAAAGAACUGUGAGAAAACUGGGCCAACCUUCAUACGUAAGAUGGCAAGUAAUAAAGAACUUAGAAAAUGCUUUUAUUUGAACUGACCAUAUGGAAGUGGGACACCCGCCUGUGGAAAGCAAAGUAUUCUUUAGUCACCAGCAAAUCAGUCUGUGUCAGUUUCUUAUAUUCAUCUCUUCCAUGCCAUUUUAUACAAUAUUACCCCGAGAAAGUGGUAUAUUUUAGAUUUGAACAUUUUUAGAACAAAGUUUUAAAAUAAAGUAAAUGUUUUGUAAAACUCACAAAUGCUUACUGCUUUUUGUUAAGUCAUACUAGAGGUAAUGCUAUUGAAAUUUCUUGCAGCCUGUAAAUAUAUGCAGGUUAUAUAAGCUAUUAUACAAUAUCUGCUAAAAUUGUUUAACAUUAGAAUUGCCAAUCUUGCAACCUCUUCUGUUCAGAAAGUCAUCUAUACCUAUAUAUUUUCGUAUUUGAAAAAUUGUUUGGGAACAAAACUUUACUAAUUUGUAACAAAAGACCACCUUAUAAAAAUCCAUGUUGAACCUGCGUACAAAAAUUACCUUAUUUAAAUAAGCCACUAAGUAGAACUGGGUAAACCUAGGGGCAAGUAGGUUUUGUGCACCUGAUAAAUACACUGCUUCUGUCUGUUUUUCAAAUGUCACCUUUUGUUAGGACUUUUAUUUAGGAGUACAAGAUGACUGGGCUUUGCUAGUUUGGUUUUUGCUCUACAUUUCAAAAGCAGAUUAAUAGGGAACGAAAUAAGUUAGUGCAAAAUCUUUAACUAACUUGAGUCUGAUUAUUUUUUGAAACCUCACAAGAAUACAUUUUGUGCUACUUGGCUUUGUAGACACUUGAGUAACUGGACUUGCUUCAGUUAAAAAAAAUGCUGCUUUUCAUGACUUUAUUUCUGUAGCCUUCAUGGUGGAUUUAUUCACCAGCUAUGCUUAUAACUUCCGGACUACUUAUCUUAUAUUACUGCUGCUACACCAGCAGGAAUGGAAAGUAUAAACAUUCACAUUUUCCUAAUUUAAAUCUAAUGGAGGAAUUAAAUAUUUUAAUAAGGAAAGGAAAUCUAGCAAUGAGUUGGUUAUGCAUAUAAUUUAGAGGUGCAUUCAGACAACACUUUUUUUUUUAGCUCGCCCCCAAAUAGAUUUACUUCUAAAAAAGGAUUUAGAGGUUUGCGUACGGAGCUGUUGGAUAAUGUCCAAUGCCUAUGAUGCAGCUUUCUCUGUGUAGCAGGCUAAAUUGUGAACUUCAAAAGCUACAGGGGGCAUGUAUGUAAAAGUGUAUCAGCACAGUUUAAUGUUUAGUACUUUUUAGAAAUCAAAUAACCAACUGUUUUGGAUUUCUAUAAUACAAAAUGUUCCCAAAGGGUAUGGAUUUGAUUUGAUUUUGAUUUUUUAAAUAAAGAUGCUGUUGAAAUCGAA